AAAAUCUAUAAAUACUGUAACUCAAAUGGCACAGCAGCAGAUUGAGCUUUAACUAAUUAAAGUGAACAUGUUGAGGGGGACGGUCGUGUUGUUGGCGGUGGUCGGCGUCGCACUAGCGGCGAUGUCCAUUGGACCUUUAGAACCGAAGCCCGACAAAUUUAGCAAGCAACCCGGAUGUUAUAUUAAGGCACUGGACAAGGUAAUACCUUUCGGGCAGGCGGCGCCAGAUAACAAAAGUUGUAUGGAAUACAGGUGUGGACAAACUAUGAUCACAUAUGUGACUUGCGGCGCGGUGGCCGCGGGUCCGCCCUGUAAGCUUGUGGAGGACAAGUCAAAGCCCUACCCUGACUGCUGUCCGAAAAUAAAAUGCUAAUGAUCAAUAAAAUUUUACUAUUAAAUAAAGUAAAUAAAUCCUA